UAAAAAUUAGAAUGGAUGGCACAACAUUAGAACACAAUGUAAGUUACUUGUACAGCUGGCAAAGGGAAGUGGAUACAAGAAAUGUACACAUUGGACUGUUAUGUUGGGCUGGCGUCAUCUUUGUUUUCAUGAUUCUUAACAAUGGUUUGCUCAUAACAGUAGUUCUAAAACAUAAAUACUUGCAGACGCCUCCAAAUAUCAUAGUCUUGAACAUAGCAAUAGUUGACUUCAUACAAGGAUUAUUUGGAAUGCCGAUUCGAGAAUCUAUGACAUAUGAAUAUGACAUAGCAAGAGGUGUCGUUCUAGGAAUGGUUGAUAAAAAAUACGUUUGCUUCUUGCGAAUAUUCUUUACGCUUCUUAGUACAGGUGGCGAAUUGUUCCUUUUUGCCACACUGGCAAUAGAACGCUUUGUAGCAAUUGUGUUGCCAUUUCGUUAUGAUCGUUGGAUGUGUAAGAGAAAUACGAUUUUACUGAGCUUGUUGUGUUGGGUUCUUGUAUUCGUCAUCACUGCCCCUGCAUUCUUUGUCUGGAACAGGUGGGACGUCAACAAACAGUGUUCAGUACAGAACACACUUCUUAAUGUUUAUAACUCAGCCGUCUUGAAUCCCAUUGUUUACGCUUCGAUGGCACUAACGGCAGGCUUGUAUGGGAAGAUAUUCUGGGUUGCAAAAAUGAAGCGCUCGCAGAUUCUGGCUCAGAUUCAAGCCGUGGACCAUGCCAAAGCUGUGGCAUAUAAACGUAGCUACAAGAUCCUGAAAAACGUAGUAACAAUCUUAGGUUUAUUUAUACUAUCAUGGAUUCCAUUACUUUUCGUGAGAAUCGUUCUGACGCGCACAAGUCUCGAUUCGGGCACGAUCUUUCUACUAAUGAGUAUCACAUACAAAAUCUUAUUGGUUAAAUCUGUGGUUAAUCCAAUAAUAUUCUGUAAGAAAGACAGGAGGUUACGAAUGGCGGUAUUAAAACUGGUACGUUUACGUCAACAAAAUGAAGAAGUUUACUUCAUAUCUGAUGGGUCGAGGAGCACGACCACCAGAUUGUCUCUUGAUGAUAAUAAUGGUGCAGCUGGGGUCGCAACAAGAGACGCUAGAGAUGGAAGAGGUACUGAAGUACCAAAUAGCACAGAAUGUUCAGUGGUGAAGUUUUAAAUGUCAUCAACUACAUGGUUUUGUUUGGG